AAUUUGGCGGCCCAGAAAUUUCAAAACUCAAAAUUGCAGUGUUUUUCCCGCUUACCCUUCUUCCCAUUUCCUUCGAUUCAUCCAUUCACUGUGCAAAUUUCUUCUUUUUCUCUCUCUCUCUCGCCACAGAACAGACCGAUCAAUUUGCCAUCGAUUUAUUCCACACAGAUAUGGCCACUCGCCGCGGCAGCGGAGACGACGGCGCCGCCGCCGUUCGUCCCCGCCCUAUCUCCGCCUCUCGCCGUUUCCCUUCCCCUUCUCUCCUCAAAGAAAACUCCAACCCUCGCCGCUCCACCUCCCGCUCCAACCCUUCCCUCAAAACCCUCCCUCGCGGCCGCAGUUCAAGCCCCUCCGAUCUCUCCCGAGCCUCCGCCCAAAAGCCCACCCGUGAUCCCACCCCCAAGCUCACCACACAAAGAUCCAAACUUUCCACCUCCAACGCCCAAAAGCUCAAAACCUCCACCACCACCACCGUUUCCCAAGAACCCAACGAUGGAAGUAGCAACAACAACAACGCAAAGUACCCUAGCAGGCUUCACGAGAAGCUCGCUUUUCUUGAGGGCAAAGUGAAGAGAAUAGCUUCGGAUAUAAAGAAGACCAAGGAGAUGUUGGACAUGAACAACCCUGAUGCCUCCAAGGUGAUUCUUUCCGACAUUCAGGACAAGAUCUCAGGAAUUGAGAAGGCCAUGGUUCAUGUUGUUCCCAAUAAGGACGGUGAAGGUGACACCCACGAAGAAGACAAGAAGUUGGUUCAAGGGUCGAUAUUGAAAAAUGAGGAACUCGAAGCGCGUCUUUUCCCUCACCAGAAACUGCUUCGGGAGAGGACAAUGGUUGCUGAGAGUGGUAAAGAUAAGCAUUAUUUGGAAAAAGAGAAGGUGUUGAGCCCUGUUGAAGAUAACUCAGUUGCAGUUGAGUUUUUGGCCUUUAUUGAUAAGGUGAAUGCUGGGGAGGAAGUGAAGGAAAAGGGUGGUGGGAAUGGGGGAUGCAGUGAUCCGAGGAACGGCAUUGAUACGAUGCUCACGGCGAAUGAGAAGCUUGAGGAGUUUGAUGAUCAGGAGAACAAGGAAGGGGCGGUUGUGGAGGAGAUGGACGAGGCUUUCAAUUUUAGGCUGAACGAGAUCGGUAACAAGGUUGCUUGUGGUGGGUGGUUUGUUGCGGAAGGUGAAGCAGUCCUCCUGACUCACCACGAUGGUUCUUGCAGCUAUUAUGAUAUUGCCAAUUGUGAGGAAAAAGCUGUAUAUAUGCCACCUGCAGAAGUUUCACCCAACAUAUGGAGAGAUUGUUGGGUAAUUCGUGCCCCUGGUUCUGAUGGUUGCUCGGGAAGGUUUGUAGUAGCUGCAUCUGCUGGCAAUACUAUGGAUUCAGGAUUUUGCUCGUGGGACUUUUACACCAAAGAAGUGCGAGCUUUGCAGGUAGAUGCUGGAACAACCUCCUCAAGAAUUGCACUUAGACCCUUGCCUAACAAUGUUGUGCAAAGAAGAAAUUCCACCUCUGGCAUUGUGGCAGCAGAAGCUAAGCAGUGUUGGUACAGGCCCUGUGGACCUCUCAUCAUCUCAACUGCCAGUUCACAGAAAGCUGUGAAAGUUUUUGAUGUUCGUGAUGGGGAGCAAAUCAUGAAAUGGGACGUUGAGAAGCCUGUUCUAGCCAUGGAUUACUGCAGCCCUUUGCAGUGGAGGAACAGAGGCAAAAUAGUGGUAGCUGAAGCUGAAUCCAUUUCUUUGUGGGAUGUGAACUCACUUACUCCUCAGGCUCUGCUCUCUAUUCCUUUGGAUGGUCGAAAAGUUUCUGCUCUCCAUGUGAACAACACUGAUGCAGAAUUGGGUGGAGGGGUUCGCAAAAGAAUGAGUUCAUCAGAUGCUGAAGGAAACGAGGGUGUGUUCUGCACCUCAGAUUCUAUCAAUAUCAUGGACUUUCGCCAGAAGUCUGGUGUGGGCCUAAGGAUAUCAAAAGUUGGUGUGAAUGUGCAGUCAGUUUUCUGUCGUGGUGAUUCUGUGUUCAUUGGUUGCUCCAACACAAGCUCAAUGGGCAAGAAGCAAUCAACAAUGCUGCAACAGUUUUCAUUGCGCAGACAAGGCCUGUUCACCACCUAUCCUCUCCCAGAAUCCAAUGCACACUCACACCAUGCAGCAAUCUCCCAAGUCUGGGGUAAUUCUGACUUUGCGAUGGGUGUUUGUGGCCAAGGACUAUUUGUGUUUGAUGCUGUCAAAGAUGAUGCACUAAGGGUUCUCAACACGGAUCACUCAAGUGCUCAAAGUUUUAGAGAAGUAAUUGGCCCAGAUGAUAUGUACUGUCCUUCCUUUGAUUAUCUUGGCUCUCGUGCUCUUCUCAUAUCAAGAGAUCGACCUGCUAUGUGGAGGCAUCUAAUAGUUUGAUAGUUAUGAUUAAUUCUUAAGAAUGUGUCAUUGUGUGCUGUUUUUUUUUUUACUUGGUAUGCCGAGGACUGAAGUUAUACUUUAGAGGGAAUUAAUUAUGUUAGAUAUGGGUGCUUUGGUGUUGGUAUUUUAUGCAAUAGGUGCAUUUCCAGGGUGACCACUUGUCACUGAUAUAUGUCAAGCCAAUAGUAUUCCUUGACUCUGUAUAUUUCAAUAUUCAAUCUAUUUAUGCAUAAAAUGACCAUUGAAAAGCUU